GCUGAAUCAAAUGGCGGUCCAGCUGCAACAAGAACAGAACUGCACAUUUCUACAAGCAUGCCACUUGGCGACAGAAUGGUACCAAAAACACAUGCAUAAAACGCCAUGUCGCACUUCUAUACUAACCGGGAAUACAUGGAUAUGCGAACUAUAUGCGGGGCAUAUGGGUCGCUUUGAGGAAAAUGUUUGCAUGCCGAAGGAAGUUUUUGCCGCAUUGUGUGAGACAUUAGUAAAUGAUUUUGGGUUACAAGUCCCGCAACGUCCACAUGGCUUAGCUGUUGAAGAAAGCGUUGCGAUGUUUAUCCAUGUCUUGAAAGGGAAGCAAAAUCGGGAAAUCCAGGAACGGUUCCAACAUUCUGGGGAGACUGUGUCGAGGCACGUGCAUAACGUAUUAAAUUCCAUGAAAGAGUUCACUGUUGUCCAUUGCCGGCCCACAUACAGUCAGCAUCGUAUACAUCCAUACGUGAGGUCUAGACGGAAAUACCUACCGUUCAAGGACUGCAUUGGCGCAAUAGACGGAACACAUGUCAGUGCAUGGGUUACGGGGCCAGAUGCGGCAACAUAUUUCGGUAGGAAAUACUGUCACACACAAAAUAUAAUGGCCGCUGUCGAUUUUGACAUGUGUUUCAUAUUCAUUUCUUGCGGAUGGGAAGGAAGUAUGCAUGAUAGUCGCAUAUUCAACGAGAUACUAACAAAUGACAACGUCCCAUUCCCACAUCCUGACGAAGGUAACACAUGGCCAUGUUAUUAGAUUUGUUAACAAAUACUUAUUUGCUGACAAAGCGUUAUAUGAAAAUGACGCAGAAUGUUGGUUUUGGUGUCAUACAUUGUCGUCAUGUCUGCAGGCAAAUAUUAUCUUGUCGAUUCUGGCUAUGCAAACCGGAUUGGUUACUUAGCACCAUUCAAAGGCCACCGUUACCACCAACAAGAAUUCCGGCGUAUUGCAAGAAACGCGAUGGCAAACACGCCAAGGGAAUUAUUUAACAAAGUCCACUCGUCCUUACGCAGUGUCGUGGAACGCACUUUCGGUAUAUGGAAAAAUCGAUGGGGGUUUAUUCGAGACAUGCCUCGGUAUGACUUUGCAAAUGUGCAAGUUCAGUUAGUAGGUGCGUCAAUGGCAUUACAUAAUUAUAUACGGCGAAACACAGGUAACCCAACAACUGUUCAGCCAAUCUGUGACGAGGAAGAGGCUAUGACAAUAGUAAAUGCCAUACCAGAAGUUGAACAUGACGAGGAUGGUUUAAUGGUUGGAGAUGAGGACCCCCAUAUGGCAUUGGUCCGCCUUCACAUACAUGACAAAUUAUGUU